ACACUCGCCCCUAGUGGCCAGGCUUCUCUCUAGCUCGCACACAAUCUGCCGGUUGGCAUAGGGAACGCCAUAGCUGGUUGCUCGAGACGGCCUAUAUAAAGAUGGCGGCCGCAGCUGCAGCUUCGCUUCGCCAGGUGGUAACUGCUCACUGUAUCGCCUCGACGUCGUCCGCGGCGGCUAUCAGGUCGACACGUGUCCAGGCAGUUAAGGAAUGUGAGUUGGCCAUUCAGUUGGACCCCAACUUUGCGAGAGCGCAUCAACGGCUGGGGGGAUUGCUUACCCGGUUUGGCAAAUUGGAUGAGGCGAUGUGGCACCUGCACAAGAGUGAAGAGCUUGGGGCAGAGAGAAGCGACACGGGAAAAGUGGGCACUCUGCAGGAACACAUUUCAAAGGCUGGCACAGCCACUGCCAACCAGGAUUGGGAUGAAGCACUUAGGCAGGCAGAAAUGGCGAUACAGGCGGGCGCUGAUCUGACCAUGGAUGUGUGGAAGAUCAGAGUGAAAGCUCUUCUGCAACUUCGCCGUCUAGCUGAAGCCGAGAAAGUGCUUCAAGAGGCGCAACAGGCUGAGUCUGCAGCACUGUGGCCUGGCGCAGCAUCGUCAGACAGUGAGCUUUUGUGCCUGCGUGCAGAAAUUGACAUUGCGCUUGGCAGUUUCGAGUCUGCUGCAGUAGCAUCUGAGCAGGCAGCUCGCUUGGAUCGCGAGAACAAGGAAAUUGCAAGGACCAUGAAAAAGGCAUGUGCUCGGGGAUUUUCGUUGAGGUUGUGUGCGCCGCGAGUUUCCGCCUCCCGGUCGCUAUCUUUCGCUGCGAGGAGAAGUGUGUGGAAGCCCUCUACGCGGAGGACGACAGUAAGAUGCAGUGCGGAUGCAUCUGGGGCUGCCGCUGCUGAGCUUGACCCGGCGGUUAUUGAAAAAGUCAUCGAUAUUAUUGUUGAGAAGGCGGGAGUUGAGAGGGGCCAGAUUAAGCCACAUACUGGGCUCGAGGAGCUGGUUGAUUCUCUUGACCAGGUGGAGAUCAUGAUGAGCCUGGAGGAUGAGUACCAUAUUGAGCUGGAUGAGCAAAAUGCUGCGAAGCUGUCGACAGUCAUGGAUGUUGCAAAAUAUAUUGCGGAGGAGAUGAAAAAGCCGAAGUCGAAAUAGAGAGCGAAGACGACAAAUGCUGCCGUAUGUCAAACAAACAUGUGAGAUGGCAGCUCGAUUCUGAGUGACUUGGGAGACCUAGAGUGACCUGUACACCUUUUUUGUAUGGAUGUAUUCCAGAUUCUCCCAAUUCCGUCUUUUGUGUAACUCAGUUCUGCCGUAUUUCUGCUGGAUAAAUAAAUGGUGGUUGUGUUUGCUUGACGUGUCGUCUGGACACCCAUGUCCCUUACAGUCAACAAGUCAUAUGUUGUGGGGAGUUCAGUCUUGCGGCUUGUUGUCAAGACGCCCUUGGUUUGUUGGGAUAACACGCCACCUUUUUUUUUUCUUUUUUUCUUUUUUUUAACAGGGCCUUAUGGUCCUGGUGGGAUAACACACCACCUUCUUUUGUUGUUUAGGAGGUGUCUCCUCGAGGGCAGAGUUGUGAACGUUGGCUUGGUCGAAUGUCCGAACAAUGCGAUUGUACAGAAACGGGUAGGCAUACCGGUCAAGUUGUACUCCUGGGCCUGAUCCGCACCCCUCGUACAAAUAUGAGAGAGGUUCAGGUUGGGGUCGGGGGUCGGUGGGGCUUUAGGGGGGGGGGGGGGGGGGNGCUUUCGAAUGAUGUGCCUGUUGCUUGGAACUGGGCUUUGCAAGUGGAAACAGGAAAGAGGGCUUCGAAGAAUGUCAUGGGAGAGAGGCUUUAGGUGGUUGACUACAACCCCUCUGCAUCUCUGGGAAAUUUUAUGCUUGUAAUUUUGGAAGCGGCUCCUUUGAAUCUUCGGCUGCAUUGUGACUCAGAUUUGCGGAGCUGUUUAUUUAGAACCGACGCACAUUUGUGGAGCUGUUUAUGUAGAGCUGACACACACACAGAUGUAGACGGACACACUCACACACACACACACACACACACACACACACACACAGAAAGAGAGAGAGAGGGAGGGAGAGAGAGAGAGAGAGAGAGAGAGAGAGAGAGAGAGGAGGUGUAGGCUCAGUUUGGCUGUUCAUUAUCUUUUGGGCAGAGGGAAUUGAGAACUGUUUGUCCAUAAUUUGGUGGCUGAUAUUUUUCUAGCAUGCAAAACACAGGAAGGUUGUACUUCAAAAAAAAACUACAUCCUCCGCAUGGAAGUCAAAAUUGGCCUACUUGAGACCUCUAUUGUCUUUGUUUUUUAUGGUCUUUGAAAAUCUAUCAUAUUCUGUUGGAGAAUAAGAAUAAUAAAUAUCCUGUCUUUUUAUAGCAUGCAAUGGUGUUAUCACUGCUGUGUGCCCGGUCGCGCCACAUGGGUACUGCUUUGAACCUGUUGGACACGGAUAAGGUUUUUCAG